CUCACUAGAACAGACUAUUCCAACUUUUUCAAUCCUGAUUUUUUUUGCAUGAUCAAAUUAUAUGCUCUGUGAGCCAACAAAAAAGAUAUUAAAAUCCUCGAAGGAAUGCCGAUUAUCACAAGUUAACUGCAUAUUCAUUCAUUACAGAUAGGUGAAGCUGAGGAAAGUAACCUGGACACAAACACGAUGAAGAAUAUUGGAAGUAGCAGCUUUUUGUCGAUUAUCAAAGAUAAUGGAAUAUAUGGGAUUGUUGGUGCUAUCAUUUUUGCUGUGGUUAUACCUAUAGUCCUCGCCGUGGUACUUGGCGGAAAGAGAAAGUCGAAGCCGAGAGGAGUUCCAGUUCAAGUUGGUGGCGAGUCUGGUUUUGCAAUGCGCAAUGCUAGGUCAGCCAAAUUAGUUGAGGUUCCUUGGGAAGGGGCUACGACUUUGGCAUCAUUGUUCGAGCAGUCGUGUAAAAGGCAUCAACAAGCAAAGUGUCUCGGGACAAGAAAGCUAAUUGCUAAAGACUUUGUUACAGCUAGUGAUGGGAGAAAAUUUGAGAAGCUUCACUUGGGCGAGUACCAGUGGGAAACUUAUAGCCAGAUAUUUGAUCGUGUUUGCAACUUUGCUUCUGGUCUUCUUAAAAUUGGCCAUGAUGUAGACACUCGUGCUGCCAUUUUUUCUGAAUCUCGAGCAGAGUGGUUAAUCGCGUUUCAGGGAUUCUUCCGCCAGAACAUCACUGUUGUUACCAUUUAUGCUUCUUUAGGAGACGAUGCCCUAAUUCACUCAUUAAAUGAGACUCAAGUGUCAACCCUGGUUUGUGAUUCCAAGCAAUUAAAGAAGUUGGCUGCAAUAAGUUCAAGCCUGCCAAGCAUUAAAAACAUUAUUUAUUUUGACGAUGAAGACUCUGCAAAUGAUGCCAGUGCUAACCAAAAGAUUAGUGAAUGGAAAAUUUCCUCUUUUACGGAAGUGGAAGUACUUGGAAAAAAUAAUCCUGCUCAACCUAAUCUGCCAAUCAAGAAAGAUAUUGCUGUCAUCAUGUACACAAGUGGCAGUACAGGCCUCCCUAAGGGUGUUAUGAUGAGUCAUGGCAACAUUGUAGCAACUGCAGCAGCAGUUAUGACAGUGAUCCCACAAAUUGGAAACAAGGAUCUCUAUUUGGCAUACUUGCCUCUAGCUCAUGUGUUUGAGUUAGCUGCUGAGACUGUCAUGUUAACUGCUGGCGCUGGAAUUGGAUAUGGCUCGGCACUGACAUUAACAGACACAUCCAACAAAAUCAAAAAGGGAACCAAGGGAGAUGCUUCUAUGUUACAGCCUACACUAAUGGCAGCUGUUCCAGCUAUACUUGACCGUGUUAGAGAUGGAGUAUUGAAGAAGGUUGACGAGAAAGGAGGUAUUGUGAAGAAACUUUUCAACAUCGCCUACAAGCGCCGUCUGGUCGCUAUUCAAGGAAGCUGGUUUGGAGCGUGGGGUCUAGAAACUCUUUUGUGGGAUGCACUUGUUUUUAAAAAGAUAAGGUCUAUUCUUGGAGGAGAUAUUCGAUUUAUGCUUUGUGGUGGAGCUCCUUUAUCUGGAGAUACACAAAGAUUUAUCAACAUUUGCAUGGGGGCUCCGAUUGGUCAAGGAUAUGGCCUAACAGAAACAUGUGCUGGAGCUGCUUUUUCAGAGGCGGAUGACACUUCUGUUGGGCGUGUUGGCCCUCCUCUUCCUUGUUGCUACAUUAAGUUAGUUUCUUGGGAAGAAGGUGGCUACACAACCUCGGAUAAGCCUUUGCCCCGAGGAGAGGUUGUUGUUGGUGGGGCCAGUGUGACUGCUGGCUACUAUAAUAAUGACUUGAAAACUGAGGAAGUUUACAAGGUUGAUGAAAGUGGCAUGCGUUGGUUCUACACUGGUGAUAUUGGAAGGUUUCAUGCAGAUGGAUGCCUUGAGAUUAUUGACAGAAAGAAAGAUAUUGUCAAGCUUCAGCAUGGGGAAUACGUCUCUCUUGGCAAGGUUGAGGCUGCACUAAUGUCGAGCAACUUCGUAGAGAAUAUCAUGGUCCAUGCAGAUCCUUUCAACAACUUUUGUGUUGCCCUAGUUGUGCCUUCACGCCAGUCCCUUGAAGAAUGGGCAAAUGCAGCUGGAAUUAAAUACAAUGAUUUCUCCGAAUUGUGUGACAAAACCGAAGCUAAAAAUGAGGUUCAGCAAUCACUCAUCAAGGCAGCAAAAACAGCAAAAUUGGAGAAGUUUGAAAUUCCGGCAAAGAUCCAUUUGCUGCCGGAUCCAUGGACACCAGAAUCUGGGUUGGUUACUGCAGCUCUCAAAUUGAAGAGGGAGCAAUUGAAAGCCAAAUUUAAAGGCGAGCUCGAAAAGUUGUACAAGUGAUGAAGUAAUAUUUUACAUUUGAUCUUUGUACUGGCUGAGGAGAAGUUGUUCUCACUAAUAAUCCACGUCCCUUUUUCUUUUCUUUUUUUUUUUUGUUAAGAGAUAAUUAUGUUAAUUGUGUCCUUGUUGUACGUACACAGGUUAAAGCGAACCUUUGUCGAAUAAUGACAACGAUGUUUUGGUUGUUGUAAGAACCUAUUUCGUUACGGGGUUGAUUUUGUUUGUUCAUUCUCU